ACGGAAAGUAAUAUCAUAUUUAUUUGUGUUUCCUAACAGGAAUUGGACACUCUCACCAAAGCCACUUUUCGCUUGCCAAAUAUCAUGUCUCUUAUCAAAGAUGAUUUCUUGCCUUCCGAGGCACAUAACAGUCUUCCGUAUAUAAUUGACAAUGAGAAUGUCCCACAUGACAAUAAUCAAGAUAUUACGGAUCUGGUAUCUCUGUUCCGCAAACAUCAAUUGCCACAGGGCUUCUGCGUUAAGCUCGUACACAAACAUUUCGAUACUGAAGGCGACGAGGUUAUGGUAUCCAGAGACAUUACAGUUCCAACUCAAGGUGUUGUCUCGAUUACGGGCCCAAUGACACCUAAAAAAAAGCCUUCCUCUUCGCGGUCUUAAUUACUUUGUCGAUGGAGACGGAAGACUCCAACCAUACGAAUACACGAUAGGCCCAGGUUCUGACUUGCAUCAAUAUGAUGACUUCUUCAAAGAACUCUCCUCCUUGGUCGUGGAGCGGGGUUUACAGAAAAAGCUGGGGCUGACGAUUGACGACGGAGAGGUGCAUUCGCGAAAAUGGACGGAAUUUGAAGUCCCUGAGAAGCGUGGCACAAUUAUGAUCCCUCAAGAUGUUGGUGGUAUUGAAGGGCUUGGGCUUGGAACGCCUCUAAUUACUGAGUGGAGUCCUAUUAGCGACAACCCGCUUUGCGUCUACUGCUGGGGUUAUGGUGUUUCACGAGAGACGAAUGACUGGUUUUUGUCAGGAAAAAAAAUGAUUGUUGGAUCUCCACUUCAGCUCAUCGUCAGUACGUCAAUCAGUAAACUUUAGAGCAAAAUCUAGCUUCCACUUUCC